UAUGCAGGGCAGCCGCACGCACUGGGAAGGAAGAUAGCAGCAACAAUAUGGCGACAGCCGCAGUUACUCUCGACUCUUUUCUACAUCUGCAGUUCAGUGACAGCUGUCUGGAUUUCUGUUAAUGCGAAAAAAAGCUGGAUGUCUGGGAUGAAAAACAAAUAAAGAGGAAAUAGCUGCAGGAUGAAAAAAUGGCCGCACCCCUUAUGUCACCCCCAGGACCUGACAGCUUCAAGAAAUUCACCCCGGAAUCGCUUGCUAACAUCGAGAGGCGCAUCAAAGAAGAGAAGAACAAGAAGCCACCCAAGCCCAGAUCGGACAGUAGUCACCGUGACACGUCUGACGACAAUGAACCCAAGCCCAACAGUGACCUGGAGGCUGGGAAGAGCCUGCCGUUCAUCUACGGCGAUGUUCCUCCUGGAAUGUCGGGCGUACCGCUGGAGGAUUUGGACCCAUACUAUCAGAACCUGAACAUGAAAACAUUUAUAGUCCUCAACAAAGGGAAAACAAUCUUCCGCUUCAGUGCCACGCCCUCCUUGUACAUCAUAAGCCCGUUUAAUCUACUAAGGCGAAUAGCUAUUAAGAUUUUGAUACAUGCGUUAUUCAGCAUGAUCAUCAUGUGUACGAUUUUGACCAACUGUAUAUUUAUGACAUUUAGUGACCCCCCAGAAUGGUCCAAACAAGUAGAGUAUACCUUCACAGGUAUCUAUACGUUUGAAUCACUCACAAAAAUUGUUGCCCGAGGCUUCGCUAUAGAUGGGUUUACCUUUCUCAGAGACCCAUGGAACUGGCUGGAUUUCAUGGUCAUCUCAAUGGCAUAUAUAACAGAGUUUGUGGACCUUGGGAAUGUCUCGGCGCUGAGAACGUUCAGGGUUCUCCGAGCAUUGAAAACAAUUUCUGUCAUUCCAGGCCUGAAGACCAUUGUGGGUGCUCUGAUCCAGUCUGUGAAGAAGCUGUCGGAUGUGAUGAUCCUGACCGUCUUCUGUCUCAGCGUCUUUGCUCUAAUUGGACUGCAGCUCUUUAUGGGGAACCUAAGGCAGAAGUGUGUAAUCUGGCCAAUCAACAUGACUGAGCAGUACCUGGCAAAUGGCAGCAGGGGCUUUGACUGGAAGGAAUACAUCAUGAAUGACUCUAAUUUCUACUUCCUUCCUGGUCAGCUUGAUGCUCUGCUAUGUGGAAAUAGUUCUGACUCAGGACGAUGUCCAGAGGGCUUUAUGUGUAUGAAAGCCGGAAGGAACCCAAACUAUGGUUACACCAGCUUUGACAGCUUUGGAUGGGCUUUCCUCACCCUUUUUCGCCUCAUGACCCAAGACUUCUGGGAAAAUCUCUACAUGCUGACUCUGCGAGCUGCAGGGAAAACAUACAUGAUCUUCUUUGUGCUGGUCAUCUUUGUGGGCUCUUUCUACCUGGUGAAUCUCAUCUUGGCUGUGGUGGCCAUGGCUUAUGAGGAGCAGAACCAGGCCACUAUUGAGGAGGCGGAGCAGAAAGAGGCAGAAUUCAAGGCCAUGCUGGAACAGCUUAAGAGGCAGCAGGAUGAAACACAGGCUGCUGCCAUGGCGACAUCUGCAGGCACGGUGUCAGAGGCUGCGUUAGAGGAUGAAGGAGGAGGGCACUUGUCCCGCAGCUCCUCUGAGGUGUCCAAGCUGAGCUCCAAGAGUGCCAAAGAGCGUCGCAAUCGCAAGAAGAAAUGGCGUCAGAAAGAGCAGGAGAAAGAGAAGGGAGACAGUGAGAAGGUUGUUAAGUCUGAGUCAGACGAUGGCAGCAAGAAAAGCACCAUUCGUUUCCCAGGAAGCCGGCUGGGGAGGAAGACAUCCAUUAUGAACCAGUCACUACUCAGCAUCCCAGGUUCUCCCUUCAUGUCGCGCCACAACAGCCGCAGCAGCAUCUUCAGCUUCAAAGGCCGUUCCAAGGACAUGGGCUCAGAAAACGAGUUUGCCGACGAUGAGCACAGUACAGUAGAGGAGAGCGAAGACCGCCGAGGCUCCCUGUUUAUCCCUUACCGCCGCAACAGCUACAGUGGCUACAGCCAAGGCUCAUCACGCAUCCACCCGCUGGCACCCCACUCUGGAGGGAAGAGGAACAGCACAGUGGACUGCAAUGGCGUGGUGUCUCUCACCGGCCCUGGGCCCGGCAGACGGCUUCUGCCUGAGGUGAAAAUAGAUAAGGCAGCCACUGAUGACAGUACUACUGACGUGGAGAUUAAGAAGAAGCACUCUGGCUCUCUCAUGGUAUCUGUGGAUCAGCUCAACUCCUCCUUCAAAGGAAAGGACCGUGCCAACAGUCAGAUGAGCGUAGUCACCAACACACUCUUAGAGGAGUUGGAGGAGUCUCAGAGGAAGUGUCCUCCCUGUUGGUACAAGUUUGCCAACAUCUUCCUCAUCUGGGAGUGCUUUCCUUUGUGGCUGAAGAUUAAGCACAUUACCUACUUGAUUGUCAUGGAUCCAUUUGUUGACCUGGCCAUCACCAUCUGUAUUGUCCUCAACACCCUCUUCAUGGCCAUGGAGCACUACCCCAUGACUGAGGAAUUUGAGGGGGUCCUUUCUGUUGGUAACCUGGUUUUCACAGGCAUCUUUGCUGGGGAGAUGUUUGCCAAGCUGAUUGCCAUGGAUCCCUACUACUACUUCCAGGAAGGCUGGAACUGCUUUGAUGGCUUCAUUGUGACUCUGAGUUUAGUUGAGCUGGGACUGGCUGAUGUGGAAGGUCUGUCAGUGCUCAGGUCAUUCCGAUUGUUAAGAGUGUUCAAACUAGCAAAAUCGUGGCCUACCCUCAACAUGCUGAUCAAGAUCAUUGGUAACUCAGUGGGGGCUCUGGGUAAUCUGACCCUGGUGCUGGCCAUCAUCGUCUUCAUCUUUGCCGUGGUGGGCAUGCAGCUGUUUGGCAAAAACUACAAGGACUGUGUGUGUAAGAUCGCCCUGACCUGUGAACUGCCUCGCUGGCACAUGCAUGACUUCUUCCACUCCUUCCUGAUUGUGUUCAGAGUGUUGUGUGGGGAGUGGAUUGAAACCAUGUGGGACUGCAUGGAGGUGGCAGGACAGACCAUGUGCCUCACCGUCUUCAUGAUGGUCAUGGUCAUCGGAAACCUGGUGGUGCUGAACCUGUUCCUGGCCUUGCUGCUGAGCUCAUUCAGUGCAGACAACCUCGCCGCCACAGAUGACGAUGGUGAACCCAACAACCUCCAGCUUGCGGUUGCCCGCAUUAAGAUAGGGAUUGCCUGGUUCAAGGUUAACAUGCGGAUUGUAGUAGCCACAGUGCUGAAAAAGCAGCCUAUAGAGGAUGAACAGAAGCCUCUGGAUGAAAUGUACGAGAAGAAGCUCAACUGCAUUGCAAACCACACAGUGGACAUCAACCGUGAACUGGACUAUGCUAAAAAUGGCAAUGGCACCACCAGCGGGAUUGGGAGCAGUGUGGGAAAGUAUAUGAUUGACGAGGACUACAUGUCUUUCAUCCACAACCCCAACCUCACUGUCUGUGUUCCCAUCGCUGUUGGCGAGUCAGACUUCGAAAACCUUAACACGGAAGACUUUAGCAGUGAAUCGGAUGUGGAGAACAGUAAAGAUCUGGAUGACACCAGUUCAUCUGAAGGCAGCACAAUAGACAUCAAGCCUGAUGUGGAGGACGUUGCAGUGGUGGAGGUAGUGGAGGAGUAUGUUGACCCAGAAGCCUGCUGGACAGAUGAGUGUGUGGCCAAAUACAAGUGCUGUGAUGUUCCCAUCACUCACGGCUGGGGAAAACACUGGUGGUUCCUGAGGAAGACCUGCUACCUGAUUGUAGAACACAACUGGUUUGAAACCCUCAUCAUCUUCAUGAUCCUGCUUAGCAGUGGAGCCCUGGCCUUUGAGGAUGUGUACAUUGAGCAGAGGAAGACAAUCCGCAUCAUUCUGGAGUAUGCUGAUCGGGUUUUCACCUAUAUCUUCAUCCUGGAGAUGUUGCUGAAAUGGGUGGCCUAUGGCUUUGUCAAGUACUUCACUAAUGCCUGGUGUUGGUUAGACUUCUUCAUUGUGGAUGUGUCUAUAGUCAGCCUUAUAGCUAAUGCGUUGGGCUACUCCGAUCUAGGCCCGAUUAAAUCACUCAGGACACUGAGGGCCUUGAGACCCCUCAGGGCCCUGUCACGUUUUGAAGGGAUGAGGGUUGUGGUAAACGCCUUGGUGGGUGCAAUUCCCUCCAUCAUGAAUGUGCUGCUGGUGUGUCUCAUCUUCUGGCUCAUCUUCAGCAUCAUGGGUGUCAACCUGUUUGCUGGAAAGUAUUACUACUGUUACAAUGAGACAGCUGAGGAGAACUUCUUCCCUGAUGUCGUCAACAACAAAACAGAGUGUUUUGCACUCAUUAAUGCAAACUUCACUGAAGUCAGAUGGAAAAACGUCAAGAUCAAUUUUGACAAUGUCGGUGCAGGAUACCUGGCACUUCUCCAAGUGGCAACAUUCAAAGGUUGGAUGGACAUUAUGUAUGCGGCAAUAGAUUCUCGAAAGGUGGAGGACCAGCCUAUCUACGAGGACAACUUAUACAUGUACAUCUACUUUGUCAUCUUCAUCAUCUUCGGCUCGUUCUUUACUCUAAACCUCUUCAUUGGUGUCAUCAUUGAUAACUUCAACCAACAAAAGAAAAAGUUUGGAGGUCAAGAUAUCUUCAUGACGGAGGAACAGAAGAAAUACUACAAUGCCAUGAAGAAACUAGGGUCAAAGAAGCCACAAAAACCAAUUCCCAGGCCGCAGAACCAGAUCCAGGGCAUGGUGUUUGACUUUGUGACGCAGCAGGUGUUCGACAUCUCCAUCAUGAUCCUAAUCUGCCUCAACAUGGUCACCAUGAUGGUGGAGACAGACGAUCAGACAGAGGACACCGAGGUUGUGCUUUACUGGGUCAACUUCAUCUUCAUUGUGGUCUUCACUUGCGAGUUUGUAUUGAAGCUCUUUGCGCUGCGCCACUACUACUUCACCAACGGCUGGAACAUCUUCGAUGUGGUUGUGGUCAUCCUUUCAAUUGUAGGAAUGUUUCUGGCUGACCUGAUUGAGAAGUACUUUGUGUCACCAACACUCUUCAGGGUGAUUCGUCUGGCUCGUAUCGGCAGGAUCCUGCGUCUCAUCAAGGGGGCCAAAGGAAUCAGAACUCUACUGUUUGCCCUAAUGAUGUCACUUCCUGCCUUGUUCAACAUUGGCUUACUACUUUUCCUGGUUAUGUUCAUUUUCUCCAUCUUUGGCAUGUCCAACUUUGGCUAUGUGAAACACGGGGCUGGAAUUGAUGAUAUGUACAACUUUGAGACCUUCGGCAACAGCAUGAUCAUCCUGUUUAUGAUCACCACAUCAGCUGGCUGGGACGGCCUGCUGCUGCCCAUUCUUAACUACGCUCCAGACUGCGACCCCUUACUGGAGAAUCCUGGCACCCCCGCCACAGGAGACUGUGGCAACCCUUCUGUGGGCAUCUUCUUCUUUGUUAUGUACAUCAUCAUUUCUUUCCUUAUUGUGGUCAACAUGUACAUUGCCAUCAUCUUGGAGAACUUCAGUGUGGCCACAGAGGAGAGUGCCGACCCACUCAGUGAGGAUGACUUUGAGACCUUUUAUGAGAUUUGGGAGAAGUUUGACCCUGAUGCGUGCCAGUUCAUCACCUAUGCCAAGCUUUCGGACUUCGCUGAUUCACUUGAACACCCACUCCGAGUCCCCAAGCCCAACACCAUUGAACUGAUCGCCAUGGACAUGCCUAUGGUGAGUGGUGACCGCAUCCACUGCCUGGACAUCCUUUUUGCCUUCACUAAGCGUGUGCUGGGUGACAGUGGCGAGUUGGACAUGUUGAGGCAACAAAUGGAGGAGCGUUUUGUGGCUGCCAAUCCCUCCAAGGUCUCUUACGAGCCAAUCACCACUACUCUGAGGCGCAAGCAGGAGGAUGUGUCGUCCAGAAUAAUUCAAAGGGCCUACCGUUCCUACCUGGCUAGGCGGGGUUUUGUCUGUAAGCGCAAACCAGCCAAUAACAAAGUGGAGAAUGGCGGGAACAAUCAGGAACAAGAAAAGAAGGAGGGCACUCCCUCAACUGCCUCCCUGCCCUCUUAUGACAGUGUAACCAAACCUGACAAGGAGAAACAGGAUGACAACAAUGAGGGCAAGGGAGGGAGGAAAGAGAAAGGAAGAAACCAAAAAGACAUCAGGGAAUCUAAAUGUUAGAGCGUUGGAAUAAUAAUCACAGUAAUAACAAUACAAAUUAUAAUAGUGUAACUUCAAGCAAAGCGAGAGGAAACUCACCCACACAGAUGUACAGAUUAUUUCAUUUGCAAGUCAGAAAAAAAAAUAAUACUCAAUAAUUUUGUUUACAGACUUCAUUCUUAUAUUAAUGCAGAGGGAAGCAGCUUGGUCUGUUACAGCUUGAAGACUCUUGAACUUCAGUCAAACCAAACAUAAUCACCAUACUGUGUGACAUUGUUGUAUCUAGACUACUGAUCUUAACAAAAGGGAAUGAAAAACAGACAAGGAAAUGUCUGUGACUGCUGAAAGGCAGAUUGCUCACUUUACCACUGGUCUACAGAUAAGACAAGUAACUCUACACCAAGAGAUAGAAUUAAAAAAAACACUAAAGCAAUUCAGCGCCUGGACGAAAGUAAUGGAUUCCUAUGGAAGACAGUGUUGUGAAGGAAAAACAAGGAUGCUGCUUGAUGCUGAAGAAUUGUCCUCUAAAAGCAGCCAAUGAGUGCUUCUGUGUCAUUUAAUACUGAAAUGUAUAGAGGAGAAAAAUGACCCACUCACUCUAUAAGAGCAGACCGAAGGAUGACUGGUGAAUGAAAGACACAAAUGACAGAGAGCGUUGGAAGUACUUUUCCGUUUUAUUAAAGCUAGAAAUUGUUCAUUUGAGCAGCAAAAAUGCAAACAGACAAAAAAAAGAACAAUAUUCAAGAUUUUGCCCAUGUCACUUAACUCUUCUACUCAUUUUAUCUUUGUUAUACCCACAUCAAAACGCUUUUUUUACAUGGGCUUUCACACCAAUUGGUUAAGGGUCUGUUUAUUAUGGGGCCAACUCGGGCCAAGGGCUUACAUUUACUCAGAAAGAUUUCCAAACAAAUACAUAAAUAAUUGUGCUUGUUCAAUGCAUAGAAAUGACUUGCAUGAUGGCAUGUUUUGAUCAGAAAUCUUGCAUGAAUUAUCAUAGUCCACAAGACACUAAUACUCAGACCACAACAGUGGCUCGACUGUAAGAUUGAGACAUUGUCAAAAUUUGAAAGCUCAGAGUUCAGAGUAAUUUGUUUAACAAAGAUAAGUGAUAUUGGGGAUGGUAAUCUAAAAUGGAUCUGCAUUUUUAUCUCAUUAUUCAACACAUUUCAAAUGUUUAAAUUGUUGCCCCUAUGGACAGGAGAAUGGAAUAUGUUGGUGAAUAAAACCACCAUAGUGGAUCAGUGGGGAAAUCCAAACAAUUGAUUUGCUGCUCUGGAGAUUUUGAGUGUGUAAGAUGUGAAAAAGGAUGUCUGUAUGUUUCAUGGGACUGACAUGUUUGUUAAUUUGGAUCGAAAUGUUUUCAAGGGGCGCAACACUUUUAAACUAAAAUGCUUGUAUUUAUUAUUUGUAUGCACCUAUGUAAUGUUCCAUACCAUCUGCCUUUAGUUUUGUGUGAGCGGGCAUUGAGGGUAGUCCUAUUGUUGGUUAUAAGUGAUUUCUGGGGAUUUCACAGGUAUGGCAAACUCCUUUCUAUUCUGAUGUUUCUCUGUGGGUGGUUAGACCUUUCUGGAAGAGCUGAGAAGAGUUGUGAUCAUUUGUAGUUUAAAUCAUUUGAUGUCAUGUAGCUUAUUCACAUGUGAGUUUUUUUAUUUAUUUAUUUAUUUUUUAACACACACAUACUCCUCCACCACCCCUGAAGUAAUAUUCAUGUUUUGGUGGGUUAUGAGUCUUAUUUUACACACUUUUAUAAGCCACAUCUAAGAUGAUAUUGAGGGAAACGGUCUUGUGCUGAAACAUAUUUGUCGGGUGUAAGUAGUACCCUAUAUUAAUGAGAUAAGAAAGUGAUGAGAACAUUGUGUGUGGAGAAGCCAAAGAGAUCUGCCUUGUUAUCCCUUGUUGCCCUUUGUCCUUGGAGUUGGAUGAAGUAUGCCCUGCCCAUUAAGUUUUUUCACUGUCAUUAUUAGACAGAGAGACCCUAGAAAUGUAUGCAAUGCUUGAAAAAUUCAUCCCUUUUUCUCAGGAGAUAUUAUAGAUGUACUAUUAUGAGCUCUGCAACAAAAUGCAAGUGAAUGUGAUGGGAGUAUUUAUGAAAUCAUGUUUUACUCUUUUUUUUGUUUUAUGCCAUGUUGAUGGACAAUGAUCUCGGCUGGCUGCCUUAACUCGGCAGCAGCCCAGUCAGGGGCCAAUUUGUCGCUUCCUGCUUAUAACUAAUAAUUAUAGGGCUAGAAGCAUCUCAGUGGAACAGCAACAUUUCGCUUGCUUGUAAUGGCGGCGUUUAUAUUGAUAGCAGAUUACAUUUGUGGUUACGUCAUGAACUGUAGUCUGGUGUCAAUUAAUUUAGAUAAACAAAAUAAUAAUGUUAAGCCCCGAUAGCAAUCACAGAAAUAGGAAACACUGUGAGGAGAUGUCAUGAGAGUGAAUUGGGAUAUGGUAGUUUGAGCAGCACUUAAUUAUUCCGUAAGAAAAAGUGGCAUGCUCGGUGGAUAGGCCCCAGUUUAGUGCUCUAAACCUGUCAUUUGCCAAUUUUGUUUGUCAUAUUGCUCUAUUGCAUAACAAAUACCAAAUAACCAACAGAGCACUGGAUGCAUUCUAAUGGUACUGUGAGCCUAAGCACCACACCACAGCUUUUGCACUUCCUGUUGUGCAGUGAUGUCACUUCCUGUUUAUGAAUAAUUCCCUCAUCCGUUCUCAAGUUCUAUGGUCCAGUUGCUGCAUGAGAUCUCCAAAAUCAGUGUGGGUGUUACCUUGAACCAAAUAAAACUCUGAAUGAUAAGCAUAAAA